CCUUAACGUUGUAAACAUCCCUUCUUUCAACUUUCAACUCUCUCUGUCUCUUUCCCUCUUUCUCUCACAAAUGUCUAAAAUCACAAUAACCUCUCCAAAACACUGUGCUGGCAAAGAAGGACUUAGAAUCAAGAAGAACUACAAGAAGAUCUACUUCACUUUCUCAGCAUUUUUCACCACAAUCCUACUACUAAUACUUCUUAUAUGGCUCAUCCUCCACCCUGCAAAGCCUCAAUUCUCCCUCAAAGAAGUUGACAUCUACCAACUAAACCUCUCAGGCCCAAACCUCAACUCCUCCAUCCAACUCACCCUCCUCUCCAAAAACCCAAACCAGAAAGUUGGCAUUUACUACGACGAGAUUCAACUCUAUGCAACCUACAAGGGCCAACAAAUUACCGGUGAUACCCCUGUGCCACCCUUCUAUCAAGGCCAAGAAGAGAGUAAUCUCAUAACAGCAUCUUUGGUCGGAAAUGCUUUACCCGUGGCUCCAUCUCUUGGUUAUGAACUUGGUCGUGAUCAAAUUGUUGGAAGACUAGUUUUGAAUCUCAAAGCCAAUGGAAAGCUUCGUUGGAAAGUGGGAACGUGGGUCUCUGGACGUUACAGAUUCAAUGUUAAUUGUGUUGCCAUCAAUGCCUUUGGACCCUCUAUUCCUGCAGGUCCUCUCACUUCAAAGCAAGGGGCUCAGUGUUCUACCACACUUUAAACUCACCAUGAUCUUCUUGCUAAUUAACAACUUCAACAUAUAAAUGAUAUAUAUAAUCUACUAUUCAUAUAUCACGGCGAGUUCUAUUCAAGUUUUCUUGUUUGUAGAUUUUGUUGGUUGGCUUUGUAUUGAAGCGUAUUUUGCAGCCACUAUAAGUGAUUUGUAAAUAAUAAUAUAUAUGUGAAUGAUAGGACAAAAAGUUACACUUUGAGAGGGAAAAUGAAAAGAGGAUGCAUAUUAGAUGGUUAAUACAUAAUCUAUAAUCUUAUCUCUUUGCUUUUAGUUUCAUCUCUUUCUCUUUAUUUUUUUUCUCUCCCACUAUCUAUUGAAAUUUGUUUUGCUCUACACGUGAUGGUAGAAAUUAGAAAUGAAAAAGAGUUGAUUGUUGGA